UAAACCACUAACCUUUGCAGACUGCAUUAGUGAUGAAUUGCCAUUAGGAUGGGAAGAAGCUUAUGACCCUCAGGUUGGAGUUUAUUACAUAGACCACAACACCAAAACUACGCAGAUAGAAGACCCUCGUGUGCAAUGGCGGCGGGAGCAGGAGCAUAUGCUGAAAGACUAUCUUGUCCUGGCCCAGGAGGCAAUUGCUGCACAGAAGGAGAUCUAUCAAGUGAAACAGCAGCGGCUUGAGUUGGCCCAGCAAGAAUAUCGGCAGCUGCAUGAUGUUUGGGAGCACAAACUGGGCUCUCAGACCAGCUUGGUCUCUGGCUCAUCAUCAAGUUCCAAGUACGACCCAGAGAUCCUCAAGGCGGAAAUUGCUACUACAAAAUCCAGGGUUAAUAAACUCAAGAGAGAAGUAGCUCACAUGAAGCAAGAGCUCCAGUACAAAGAGCAUGGAUUUCAAACACUGAAGAAAAUUGACAUGAAAAUGUCUGAUACUCAAGGUGGCUACAAACUUGAUGAGGCACAAGCCAUUUUAAGUGAAAUGAAAGCUCUCAAGAAGGCCAUCACAUCAGGGGAAAAGGAAAAACAAGACCUCAUUCAGAGCCUAGCCAGGUUAAAAGACAGCUUUGUGAAUGACAGAGAAUCCCAGUCAGACCUGUGGGCCAGCAGUGUGUCCGUGGAAAAAUCCAGUCCGUUGUUACCCCGGCAGUACCUGGAUGUCAGCUCCCAGACGGAUGUUUCAGGAAAUUUUAUUACCAGCAGCAACAACCAGUUGGCUGAGAAAGUGAGAUUACGCCUGCAGUAUGAAGAAGCCAAGAGAAGAAUAGCAAACCUGAAAAUACAACUGGCUAAGCUUGACAGUGAGGCCUGGCCUGGUAUGCUGGACUCUGAGCGGGAUCGUCUCAUAUUAAUUAAUGAGAAGGAGGAGCUCUUAAAAGAAAUGCGAUUUAUUAGCCCCAGAAAAUGGACUCGAGGAGAGGUGGAGAGACUGGAGACAGAGAGAAGGCGCCUAGAGGAAGACCUUCAGGCUGCUAGAGACACUCAGAGCAAAGCUCUAACUGAGAGAUUGAAGUUGAAUAGCAAAAGAAAUCAGCUAGUCCGAGAACUGGAAGAAACAACGCGAUUAGUCGCAAUGUUGCACACUCAACUGAAAAGUCUUUCCACCAGCAUGCUUUCCCUCUCCUCAAGUAGCAGUCCUGGUUCUCUUGCAUCCAGCAGAGGAUCUCUUGCCACCUCCAGCCAGGACUCGUCCACCUCAGCCAGUAUCACUGAUCUCUACUAUGAACACCUGGAGCAGUUGGACUUGGACUAUCAAAACAAGCUUGACUUGCUCUUAGAAGGAGCCACUGGAUUUAGACCAUCAGGUUGUAUCACCACUAUUCGUGAAAAUGAAGUAGCAAAAACUCUCAAAGCAGAUACCACUAGUCGCAUACAGGCUCUGCGAUCGUUGUCUGGUACUCCAAAAUCCAUGACAUCGCUGUCUCCACGGUCAUCUCUCUCUUCUCCGUCUCCACCUUGCUCUCCACUGAUGAUAGACCAACUCCUAACUGGCGAUGCCUUUUCAAGCCGUAUGGAUUUUGAUGAUGCAGAGAUAAAUACAAAUCUCUCAGAACUCACCCUAAACACUGGGAGUGGCAUCUAUAGACUGGAAGAGCCUAGAGAAGAAGAUAAACAUCUAGGUCAAGGUAUAAAUACAGCUGGAGGGACAGCACUGAAGGUGGCGUGUGUGUCAGCUGCAGUGUCUGAUGAAUCUGUUGCUGGAGAUAGUGGGGUGUACGAGGCGUCUGUACAAAGACCAUGUGUGUCAGAAGUGAUGGUGUUUGACACUGAUGAUACAGAAGCAGUUGGGACAGCUAAAGUGCAAAUUGCAAUGAGAUAUGAUGACAAAAAUAAACAAUUUGCAAUACUGGUCAUCCAGCUGAGUAAUGUUCCAGCACUGCUGUUACAACAAGAUAAAAAAGUGAACAUUCGCGUGGCUGUCCUGCCCUGUUCAGAAAGCACAAGCUGCUUGUUUCGCACAAGACCAGUGGAAGCUUCAGACAAUCUUGUGUACAAUGAAGUAUUUUGGGUUUCUAUCUCUUACCUGGCUUUACGCCAGAAGACUUUAAGAGUCGAUGUUUGCACUGUAGAUAAGUCUCACCUUGAAGAAUGUUUGGGUGGAGCACAAAUUAGCCUUGCUGAAAUACGUAAAUCCGAAGAGAAAUCAACCCGUUGGUAUAACCUCCUUAGUUAUAAGUAUCUGCAGAAGCAAAACAGGAACAGCAAACAAGGAAACAUUCACUCUGAAGUACCCUGCACUGAAAAAACAGACUCUGUCUCAGUACUCUUAGAGCAGACAGCUGUUGAACUGGAAGCUGUGGAGAAGAAGCUGGAGGAAAGCAGAAGCACUUUAACCAGUGGAGAGAGCUGGCAAGAUGAAGAGAUUCCUGAUCAGGAAGAACAGGAUGAGAUCAGUGAAAAUGAACCAGAAGAGGAGGAAGAAUUCUAUGCUGGAAAAUCACUGUGGGGAGCAGAACAAAGUCUGAAUCCCCAGCUGCACAUGGAAGUAGCAGUAAAGGUGGAUAAAGAGACGAACACUGAGAGCCUUGCACAGUCUUCUACUGUAGUUCGUCCAAAAGACAAAAGAGCAGCGAAUCCACCCCAACAUCAAUUUGUCAGAGGUAGCACUAUCAUCCGCUCAAAAACAUUUUCACCGGGACCACAAAGUCAGUAUGUGUGUCGG